CAGAAAUGGCCUCAUCGAAUCCCAACAGACUCUCUGCCCAGCUCUCGCCCUUUGAAUCCCCCUCCGGCAGGCAGUCGCCGUUCCGCAGGCAGAACAGCCAGUCGCCAGGAACGGCCAUCCGCACAGGAACUCCAGCUUCGUCGCCCACCAAAGCGUCUUCAUCAUCCUUCUCCCACGUCAAGACUAGCUCGCUGUCGCCAGAGAAGUCCAAUCCGUUCACGCGGCGGCCGAGCCAGAUCAAUCACAGCCAUGCUGCCGACCGGCCGACAAGCCCUUUUGCACGUCCCACCAGCAGCCUGAGCAUUGUAUCGACGCCGUCGCGCAAGUGGAGCAAUGGCAGUCUCAAGAGCCCCGUGGCACUGCAAGACGUGGAUACGCCCACAGUUGCGUCACCGUCUCCCUUUGAUGGCGCCAGGGACUUGUCGGGCGGUCACAGUGUGGCUGACGACUCACCAUUCUCUCCGACUCCUGUGCAGGCACUCAGUCGAGAUAACCUACGGCCAGCCAUGCAGCGCAACAUCACAUCUUCCACGACAGCGACCAUCAAGCCACCCACAUUCACGUCGCAAGCGAAGUCGGCUACACCAAGGCUCAACGAUGUAAGAGGCGGCACUUACAAUCAUUUACCCCAACCACUACUUCACAGUAUGCGAGAGUCAUUCGAAGUGCUCGACAGUAACAAUACCGGAACGGUCAACUCUGCAGCCGUUGCAGACAUGCUAGCCCAGCUCGGUCUCGACAACAAUCCGGCAGCACUGACCGACUUCUUCCCUCCCACCGGCGCAGCACAACUGAAUCUAGCACGAUAUCUGGACGUCCUGUCCGGGCCUUUGAGCGACCUCUCAGAGCCAGACGAACUCCAAGCGGCAUUCGAAGCCUUUGACGUCGACGACAGUGGCCAAAUCGACGUCGCUGUCCUACGCGACGCACUACUCCAUACUGCCAGCCAGCCCGGCGAUGACAUGGUGCGAAUGAGCGAGCGCGAAGUCGACGGCGUGCUGCGCGAGUUUGCGGGCCGAAGAGCCUUUGGCGCCAAAGGCAUGCACGCGGGAAAGCCCCGGGGAGAAGUCUUUCGAUAUCGAGACUUUAUGGCGAAUGUCAGUGCAGGGGGUGGAGCGAGGAUGAGUGAAGCGGAAGCAGCAAUGGCAGCGUAAUGUGGACAAUAGAAACAAUCUUGAUCUGAUAUAGUUAUCAGAUUGGGGCUGAUUUUUGCUCUCUGUAGUGUUUACGGGUCGAAGUUUCUCGCCAUGGGACCACCGCUGAAGGUGGCUGAUGUAACUACGGCCUGGACUAUGCGGUUAUGAAUACGGUAUCAGGAUAGAAUUGGAUGGCAGUGCACGCUUCAGCGAACGGCGAUUUGUUAUAGGAAUAGGUAC